AUGGCAUGGACUGGCGACCACUCGCAGCGGCCGGCUGAGGUCUUCACUGUGAUUCAUGCGACGCCGGCCAUGCAUCAGGAGGCUGUGCUCCUCGGCUCCAACGCCGUCGUUGCAUGGCUCGACCGCGACAUCAGGGCCAGUCCGCAAGACAUCGCCGCCGCCAUCGUCCAGGAGAUGGGCAUGCUAGCGGAGGACGUCUCCGUCGUCAGACACUUCCCCGAGGCCUACCUGGUGCGGUUCUCCCACCAGCAUCACUGUGCGGACGCGGCCGGGCGCCGUGACCUGAAGUUCCGCGACACUAGGCUGCAGAUGCGCUCUUGGCGCCUCGAGGCGCACUCGAAGAACGUGGACCUCGUCCACCACGUCCGGCUCUGUUUGGACGGACUCCCGCUGCAGGCGUGGGAUGAGUUCGCCGUAGCGCAGGCCAUCGGCCCCGAAUGCUCCAUCGACUAAAUUGAAGCUGCGUCCAAGCUCAAGACUGACACCGAGGUGCUUGGGGUGUGGGCGUGGACGGUGUCACCGGCAAACGUCCCGCGAGUAAACUGGGUGACUCUGCCAGCGCGCGCUGGUGGUCAGCCGGCCUUUCGUCGACGCGGACUGGAGCGGCGGGUAAUCAUCCAUCUCUCCAUCCAUGAAGACCCCACGCAAGGCCCAAGGAUUGUAUCCAAGGGGUACACUUUCCAGAAGGGUGUCGUUGACGGCGAGAGGCAGGCCCGCGAUCCACACGAGCGUAUCUCUCGCCCCGUUGACAACAACAGGCGCGACAGAGACGACGACCCAGGGCGUGGACGGGAUGACAGGGACCGCCGCGGAAGAGACAACUCGCGGCACCGGGAGGGCUGGGGAGACCGCUUCCGACGCAGUCUCUCCCGUCAGCCGAGGGAUGCAUCACGCGACCAGGGACGCGCUGAUGGGCGCGGUGGCCGCAGGGACGCUGGCGGCCGUGAUGGUCGUCGCCGCUCGGCCGAGCCGGCUGGGCUGGCCACGGCGACAACGGUUCUUCUCGGCUCCGGCUCUGCAAGCGGGGAGGAGGCCCGUGUCCUUGAGUCGCUGCCGGUGCAGGCCCCGCCGUUGGCUUCUAGGCGUGGCCGCAGCCCGGCGUGCCACCCCUCGCCUCGCUCUGCUCGCCGGCGCUCUCAGGAAAGCCUCACGCCGCCAGUUUCGCCUCCUCUGUCUCCCACAACUGUGCUACCUCCAUCGCCACGUUCCAACAGAGGCGAGGCCCGGCCUUCUCCGACCUCGCUGGCUGCCCCAAGCCAGGAGCUGCUCCACCUCUGCUCACCACUCAGGCUCCAAGCGCCUCUGACCUCGCCGGCCAAGCCGCCGGGUUUUGAAGCCUCACCAACGCCACCUUUGGUCUCCAGCGGGCCUCUACGACGCACGCCAUCGCCGCGACGGCUGUGUGGGCCUGCUACUGCAGGUGCCGUGGGCUUACAAUGCCUCGCACCGCUCUUCGAGGAUCGCCAGGAUGCAAUCUUGCCAUCACCUACUUCAACUCCACCUAAGGCACCGGCUGCUCGUCGGAAAACCCUGGCUGGGGUCACCAUUUCCAAGUCUGGUGGCUUAUUCUCGAUCCACAAGACACGCACUUCAGGGUGUGCCAAGGCGGCGCCGGCUGCCAAGGCGGCAGAGCUGCUCCUGUGCCGCAGCUUGGGUAUUGUCAAAGAUGGUGAAGAUGUCACUGCAGCUGCACUCGAUGCCUUCGUGGACCGCUUCAAGGAGCAGUUGCCACCUGAUGUGAUUGCUGCUAUGCGCGGAUUGUUCAAGCUUGAUGAUGGAGAUGCAACAGAUGUCGAGGAGGCACUCAUUGCGCAUGGAGGAGGAGGCGCCCUCAACCUGGAGAGGACUGAUGAGGGCGCCGCUGUCCAGCAGGCGUCCUUUUGAGCUGAUGCUCCAUGUUUUGGGUUCCCAGGUUUCCCAAUGAUAGUACAACCUUUUCAAACUUCAGGGGGCUGGUCUCUGCUCAAGAGCGAUGAGCUGAAUGCUACGUGGUUGAUGUGUGUUGGCCUGCGGCCAUGUAUCAGGUGUGAUGUUAGUGUUGUUGCUGAUGGAAGACUAGACUCUGUUAGGAAGUGCACUGUCUCCUGUGAGAAUGCCACUUUGUGUGUUUGGUUAGGUCUAUGUGUGCUUUGUACGUGUGCCCAGUAUCGUACAAUUCUGGGUAAAGUGACUGUUGCUUCGUUUGCCUAUGUUAGAAGAUUGUGCUCCAGGGUGCUUCUUGUUA